CCUCCAAUACCCUUCGCUCUCGCUCGCUCUCUCUCUCUCUCUCUCUCUCUCUCUCUACACAUACACAUGCCUAUAUAAAGAGAGAAACAAGAGAGACGGAUAUUAUACGUAUACGUAUACAUGGGGGUCGAAGGGGAGAUACCCACCACUCUCCUCCGCCGCGGCGGCGGCGGCGGCGGAGGAUCUCCGCCGUCCAUCCUAGGGCUCCAGCUCUCGGCCCUGAUCGACCACGUGGCGCGCGUCGAUUGGUCCCUCCUCGACCGCAUCCCCGGCGACCGCGGCGGCUCCCAACAGGUCGCAAUUGGGGAUUUGAAUCGCAUACUGAGCGAGGUCAACACCCACAUUCUCCCAUUCAGUGGCGACCUUUCUCCUAUAAGGACGAUAGCCGGUGGCAGCGUCGCGAACACGAUCCGGGGUCUUGCCGCGGGCUUCGGGGUUUCGAGCGGAAUUGUCGGCGCUUGCGGCGAUGACGAUCAAGGCCGGCUGUUCUGCCAUAACAUGAGCCUCAGCGGCGUUGAUCUUUCGAGGCUACGGGCAAAGAAGGGGCCUACGGGUCAGUGCGUGUGCUUGGUUGAUGCCAACGGUAAUCGUACCAUGCGACCCUGCCUCUCAAAUGUAGUUAAGCUUCAGACGAAUGAGUUAAAAAGAGAGGAGUUUAGAGGAUCGAAGUGGCUGGUAGUGAGAUACGCGUACUUUAAUUCGGAACCGAUUAACGCCGCUAUCAAGAUCGCUAAACAAGAGGGCGUCUCCAUCUCCUUGGACUUGGCUAGUUUCGAAAUGGUCCGUGAUUACCGGUCGCACCUCAUCGAACUGCUGGAGACUGGUAACAUCGACCUUUGCUUUGCCAACGAAGAUGAAGCUAGAGAGCUUAUAAGAGGAGAAGCAACAACUGAUCCGGAGGUCGCGUUGGAAUUUUUGGCAAAGUAUUGCAAAUGGGCCGUGGUGACUCUCGGUUCCAAAGGAUGCGUCGCGAAGCACGGCAAAGAGGUUGUCCGCGUCCCAGCAAUCGGGGAAUCGCACGCUGUCGAUGCCACGGGGGCCGGCGAUCUCUUCGCCAGCGGCUUCCUCUACGGGCUGGUGAAGGGGCUUUCGCUGGAGGAAUGCUGCAAGGUGGGCGCCUGCAGCGGCGGCUCCGUGAUCCGCGCACUCGGCGGGGAGGUGAUGCCGGAGAACUGGCAGUGGAUGUACAAGCAGAUGAAAGCGAAAGGUCUUUCGGUUCCCGACCUCGGUAUCAGCACCUGAUACCUGUCUUUCCGUAUCGGUCUAGUAUUUCGAGUUCCUUUUCUUUUCUUUUUUUUCCCUUUUCCGAAAUCGUCGAUUCCACGAUUAAAUUUCUGUGGAGUAGGGCAGCAUAAGGUUGCAAAUUUUGGGUGCCAUUUUCUUUCUGGUGAUUGUAACUGUGCCUAAGAUUUAAUGGAAGAACCUUGCAGCAUUUUUUUGAGAGAUCA